UUUUGGCGUUUCCUUUUCAUAGUCAAACAGGCUUUCCUGCAAUUUUUUCUUAGAGCAAGUUCCCUUAAAUCCCAAGUCAAUGGGGGCUUUCUCUUCCCAAUUACUGGCUUCUCGUGGCACCAAAGGACCAGACAUCUGCAGUCUGCAAUUUUGGCAACGACGAACUGCCAAAGUGUGAGGAGGCGAAGGGUUGUUAGGAUCUCUUCCCUUUCUUGAAGAGCUCCAUGAAUGGUGCAUGUUUUUUCUGACUUUUUGUGCAGAGAGACUCGGAGGAUUUAAGCACCACCAACCCUUGGCUUUCUUUGCAGCAAAGAAGCCAUACCCAGCUCUGUCUAUCUCAGGAGAAAGAGCAGAAAUGACGUCCUCAAGCUCUUUUCAUUAUUUGGUGGUUGCCCUUGUUACUGCGUUGGUCCUCGCUCCUGUUGAUGGGGGUGUUCUCUUCUCUUCCCUUCGUCGUUCUCUGGAGAUUCAGGCAUCCCCUAAAGCCGGAGAUGUUUUGAAGGCAGGGGAGGACAAGAUCGAGGUGACGUGGGCACUGAACCAGACGUUCUCCGGCGAUGCCGAUAGCUACAAGACGAUCAACGUGAAGCUGUGCUACGCGCCGUUGAGCCAGGAGAACAGAGGCUGGAGGAAGACGAACAACGACCUCCACAAAGACAAGACGUGCCAGUUGGACAUUGCCUCCGUCCCUUUCACGGCGGCAACCCCGUCGUCGGUGGAGUGGGUGGUGGGGAGGGACACGCCCACCGCCACCUACUUCGUGAGGGCCUACGCUCUCGACUCGAGCGGCCGCCAGGUGGGCUUCGGCCAGACCACCGACGCCAGCAAGAAGACCAACCUCUUCCGGAUCCAAGGGAUCAGCGGGAGGCAGCUGUGGGUGGACGUCGCCGCCGGUUGCUUCUCCGCCCUCUCCGUCCUCUCCCUUUUCGGCUUCUUUCUAGUGGAGAAGAGGAUGGCCAAAAAAGCUUAAGCGUUUCUGUCUUAUCACUCUCUCUGAAAUUGACAAAUUCGGUGGUUGCUGUAGUUUUUGUUUCUUCCUGUGGUGAAAACUUGAAUAAAAAUGGAGAAUGGACAUCUUGCUGUGAUACAAAUGCUAAUAGUAAUCUUUGUUUUUUUGGUGGACA